UCCAGGCACACGCAGCUGCUGUGACAGUGACACACACAGAGGGAGAGGAGAGAUGGCUCGUGCUCCUCUGCUAGCAGCAGUGGUAGUGGCGAGCUCGCUUGGGCCUGGGGCUUCUGCGGCCGAGCCUCCGGUGGCACGCGGCCUGUCGUUCGACUUCUACCGGCGGACCUGCCCGCGGGCGGAGUCCAUCGUGCGCGAGUUCGUCCAGGACGCCGUGCGCAAGGACAUCGGCCUCGCCGCGGGCCUCCUCCGCCUCCACUUCCACGACUGCUUCGUGCAGGGCUGCGACGCCUCCGUGCUGCUCGACGGCUCGGCCACGGGGCCGGGGGAGCAGCAGGCGCCGCCCAACCUCACGCUCCGCCCAUCCGCCUUCAAGGCCGUCAAUGACAUCCGUGACCGGCUGGAGCGCGAGUGCCGCGGGGCCGUCGUCUCCUGCGCCGACAUCCUCGCGCUCGCCGCCCGCGACUCCGUGGUCGUCUCCGGCGGGCCUGACUACCGCGUGCCCCUCGGCCGCCGCGACAGCCGCAGGUUUGCCACGCGGCAGGACGUCCUGUCCGACCUGCCGGCGCCGUCCUCGAACGUGCCGUCCCUCCUCGCCUUGCUCCGG